AUGUCGACCAUAACAACUACGGCGUUGCAAACUUCAUAUCCUCCCAUCCUCCCAAAAUCCUUCAACGAUAACCAACCCAAAACAAUUCGCCUUUACCCCCUCUCAAAUUACACCUUUGGCACCAAAGAAACCCAACCUGAAGAAGACCCGUCCGUCCUCGCGCGCCUCAAGCGUCUCGAAGAGCAUUAUGUCCAACAUGGCAUGCGCCGUACCUGCGAAGGAAUCCUCGUCUGCCACGAGCACAACCAUCCUCACAUCCUCAUGCUGCAGAUCGCAAAUGCCUUCUUCAAGCUCCCCGGUGACUACCUGAAGGAAGACGAUGAGGAGAUCGAGGGCUUCAAGAUGCGGUUGAACGAGCGAUUAGCGCCUUCAGGCACGCAGUUCAGCGGCGAAGGCGUCAAUGAGGAGUGGGAGAUUGGUGACACUUUGGCGCAGUGGUGGAGACCCAACUUCGAGACCUUCAUGUACCCAUUCAUUCCGGCGCAUGUUACUAGACCAAAGGAGUGCAAGAAGUUGUAUUUCAUUCAGCUUCCGAGACAGAAGGUCCUCAGUGUCCCCAAGAACAUGAAGCUUCUGGCGGUUCCCUUAUUCGAGCUCUACGAUAACACUGCGAGAUACGGUCCUCAACUAUCUGCAAUCCCUCAUCUGUUGUCUAGAUACAACUUCGAGUUCAUCGACGAGAAUGGCCAGGUUGUGGCAGUCACUCCUGGCGGUGGACCAGACGAUGGCUUUGUACCAAAGACCAGAAUUCUAGCUGGAGGCCCGGACGAAGAGAUGAAGGAAGAUGGAGGAUACAAGGAGAACGGUGUUUAA